AGAGAGAGAGAGAGAGAGAGAGAGAGAGAAAGAGAAAGAGAGAGGAGGGGUUAUCCUGCCUCGGCCUCUUUACCCGACACUGCCCUGCACUCUCACUUAACCUCCACAUAGUGCCGGACGGGAAAUAACUUCAAAUACUUUUUUUUUUUUUUAAAGAUCCUCCUCAUUCUCACCUCUGACGACGACGCCCAAGUGUUUUCUUCCACUUUGUGAUCCUCUGCGGAGCGCAAACAGAGGAGUUACCAAAGUCCCAGACACGCUCCAGCGAUGGUGACUUUACGCACGGGAUUGGAAGGCUGUUUGAACUGACUGCUCUUGUUUUGGUCUCAACGCUGAAACUCUUUAUCGUCGCCCCAUAACAAUCCUCCAGUGUUGCCAGGAACACGCAGCGUAUGCCGAAUAAGUGAAUCCAGGUGACGUUCAUGAAUUUUAAAGUCAUCCACAAGUGAGAAGAGGCUGUUGGAGUUGAAGUCUCUUAUUUCUAGAAUGAUGUCUUCCAUGCGAGCAACGCCUCCCUUUCACGCACCAUCUGAGGAAGAGGAAGCGAUGGGUCAGGACAAUGUGGCCUGGGCCAGCGAGGAGCGAGAGGGCCCAAAGGAGACACCGUCUCCCUCUUCGCAUGACCGACCCCACCCGGACGAGCUGCAGCCAAUCAGAGAGAAGCUGACAGAUGCUGAGUGGGAGAACGUGGUGCCUGCUGCGAUGGACAAUGAAAGCAGUAAAGGCUGCUCAGUCUACUCCUACCGGACUAACUCUACCUCUCCACCCAAGCCAGAGGAGUGUUCCAGGGAUCGCGGGGAUCCAAUGAUCAGCCUCGCCUUCGGGACGCCGGAGCGCCGCAAAGGAAGCCUGGCAGACGUGGUGGACACACUGAAACAGAAGAAACUUGUGGAGCUGACCAAGACAGAACAAGACGAACCGACUUGUAUGGAGAGGCUUCUCUCCAAAGAUUGGAAGGAGCACGUUGACCGCCUGAACGCCAACGAACUGCUGGGGGAAGUCAGAGGUACACCAGAGUCGCUGGAGGAGAAGGAGCACCAACUUUCCACUAUGAUUGGUCAGCUGAUCAGUCUGAGGGAGCAGCUCCUCUCGGCCCACGAUGAGCAGAAAAAGAUGGCCGCCUCACAGCUGGAGAAGCAGAGACAACAGAUGGAGCUGGCCAGGCAGCAGCAGGAGCAGAUUGCCAGACAACAGCAGCAGCUCCUGCAGCAGCAGCACAAGAUAAAUAUUCUCCAACAACAGAUCCAGGUCCAGGGUCACAUGGCUCCUCUGAUGAUCCCAGUGUUUCCUCACGACCAGCGGUCUCUGGCUGCUGCCGCUGCUGCACAGCAGGGCUUCCUCUUUCCACCGGGCAUGUCCUACAAGCCAGCAGGUGAGAAUUACCCCAUGCAGUUUAUUCCAUCUACAAUGGCAGCUGCAGCGGCGUCUGGACUCAGCCCGUUACAACUACAGCUGUAUGCCGCCCAACUGGCAAGCAUGCAGAUCUCACCAGGAUCCAAGAUGGCUCCCCUCCCACAGGCUCCCAACUCCUCCGGUCCCCUUUCCCCCUCCGCCAUGAAGAGCGAGAAGCGAGCAUCCAGUCCUGUCACUCACAUUAAGGAGGAAGGAUCCACACAGCCAUUGAACCUCUCAGCCAGACCUAAGACAACUGAGCUGCUUCGCUCCCCGACGUCCCCGACGCAUAGUCUGUUCUCUGGGAACAAGACCAGCCCUACAGGCAUGGGCAAGGGCCGCAUCCCAAGCCCCAUCGCCAACAUGGGCAGGAACACCUCUAUGGACAUCCUGUCCAGCCUCAACUCCACAGCGUUGUUUGGGGACCAGGAUGCGGUGAUGAAGGCCAUCCAAGAGGCCAGGAGCAUGAGGGAGCAGAUCCAGAGGGAGCAGCUCCACCACCACCAGCAGCAGCAGCAGCAGCCGGGACACCACAGUCUGGAGGCCAAACUGUCGGCUCUCAGCAGCAUGAGCCUCAACAAUGGCAACAAGGAGCGGCUGCAUUAUGAGACGCUGAGCCAGCACCUGGGGAAGCUCGGGGAGGAUGCUGGGAAGAUGGUCCAUCGAGUCAUUGACCUGACGAGACCAGAAGAUCUGGAUGGGAGCAAUAUCACAGAGGCGCGAGUGUUCAGGGAGGCGCGGGGCAGGAGCAACGCAGAGCCCCACAUCAAGAGGCCCAUGAACGCCUUCAUGGUGUGGGCCAAAGAUGAGAGGAGAAAGAUCCUGCAGACCUUCCCUGACAUGCACAACUCCAACAUCAGCAAGAUUCUAGGCUCUCGCUGGAAAGCUAUGACCAACCAGGAGAAGCAGCCGUACUAUGAGGAGCAGGCCCGUUUGAGCAAGAUCCAUUUGGAGAAAUAUCCCAACUACAAGUACAAGCCGCGGCCCAAGAGAACCUGCAUCAUCGACGGCAAGAAGCUGCGCAUCGGAGAGUACAAGCAGAUGAUGCGGUCACGACGUCAGGAGAUGAGGCAGUUCUUUGUCGGGCCUCAGCCACCGAUUCCUCUCGGCAACGGCCCCGGCGGAGUUGGAGUUUACCCAGGUGCCAUAACCAUGGCAACUGCAGCCACACAAUCCCCACACCUGACCUCAGACUGCUCAAGCAACUCAGCCAGCCCUGAACCCGCCAUCCCUGUCAUUCAGAGCACGUACGGGAUGAAGUCCGAGCCUGGCGGCGGAGGCAGCAAUGGCGGCAGGGUCAGAGCCUUGGAUCUGCCCAGCGACCCCACCAAUGGAGACGACGACAUGGACAUGUACGAGGACUUUGAGGACGAGCCCAAGUCAGACUAUAGCAGUGACCACGAGACACGAGAGGCUGUCAGUGCCAACUGAGUGUGCUCAGGGUGUCCAUUGUAAAAAAUUAAAAGAGAGCAAAUAAACCUCCUGUUAUACUCAGAGACACUUUUUAAAAACACAGUUUAUUAUAGAGACCUUCAGGCAAACUUUCAGGACAUGUUGCGCCAUGCACUGAGCAUGCCCAGACAGGAUUCAAACUCAGCGGACAUGCUCAGGAAGUUCUUCGGCAGUAUCUUGAUGGAGGUCCAUUUGAAGAAGAGGGCUGAUGGAAAAAAAGUGUGACCCAAGAAAACAAGCUAAACAGACACCUGGACAUCCAACUGACAAUGACCUUUAGUUUCCUACACUUUGACAAUCUUAACAGGAGUGGAUAAGAGUUAGAGGAGAGAGAGAGAGAGAGAUUGAGCAAUUGGGACGAUGGACAAAUGAGCGACAAACACAUUGCUGUGUGGUUUGUAAAGAGCAUGCAUGGAUUUUGAAGCAUCAGGAAUUGGUCUUCAACAGCUAUUUGGUCUUAAAUGUUUAAGGAGUGAUUUAGUUUCUAUCAUUAUGUAUUUACUUUUCUGUGUUUUUGUUUCCUUUUUUGUUUUUUGUUCUAUAGACUUUUUUUCUGAUAGGUCACUGCCUGUACAAACUCUGGACUGUCAGAACUUGAAAUUUGAAAAGUUUUAAUAUAAAUCCUAGCUAUUGUAAUCUUAUAGUCUUACUUUUGUUUCUUACGAAUACAGUGCAUCUACAUCUUGUUUUCUGACAAACUGCUUACAUUACAUUACUGUUAGUUGUUUUUUUUUUAUAUCCCAGCUCAGGUAUGAUGUGCCAGCUUGUGAAUGUUUUUUUUGUUUUGUUUGUUUUCAUACAAAAAGAGUGGUAGGACUUUUCCGACUGUCAAUGAAAUAAAGGGAGCAAAAUCCCUUAUAUCACAUUAUUAUUAUUAUUAUUAUUAUUAUUAUUAUUAUUAUUAUUAUUAUUAUUAUUAUUAUUAUUAUUAUUAUUAUUAAAAUAAUAAUAAGUAAGUAAGUAAGUAAGUACCCAGGCAUUGUACAGAUUUUCUUCAAAUGUGCCAAACCUACAUUCACAUUCACUCGGGAUGUUGUAGUCUUAACUUCCAAUGCUGCAAACAAGUCUUAUACAAUCAACUUUUUCUAUCUGAUGAGAUGAGUUUCUACUCUGUAACUGCUGGCUCCCCUCCUGGCCCAAUCACAGGCAAUGCUCAGGGAGGAUGUGUUUUCAUCACGCUUGCUCAGUCACACACACACACACACACACACACACACACACACACACACACACACACACACACUUCAAUCUUUGGCAGCCCCUCCGGCUUUGAGAUGUAGUUACAGUAGAAGAGUCUGUUCUUCAAUUCCACUGCAUUGGUGCUUUCAUGAACCACAUUGCCCAUAGUUCCUUUAGGCCAAACACUUAGCACAUUGUGCUGUAAGUGCAGUACGGUGUAACCAAACGCCGACAUUUAGCAUUUGAGUUUGUACCUUUCAAUCUGGCCAAAGUUAGAGACAUUUUUGGGCUUAAUUUCUGCUGAAACACUUUUAAGAGUUCUUUUAAGUCUUAAAAGUGUACUGAUAGCUCUGUUCAUUCAGCGUCAUAGGAAAGGGGAUGAGCAGUGUUAGAAUGACCCUUCUGUAGGAUAAAAGUUCCUAAUAUUCUGGAUCCCUUCACUGUAUUUUGAAUUGUGUUUUGAAGCGGUACAAAAGUGUACAAAAUGUUACUAAUUUUAUUAGCCUGUUUAUAUUUGUAAAUGUCUUCUCAGCAUCACAUGGGAAAGAUACACCAAACUUGUGUUUAAAAAAAAAAAAUGGGUUUAAGAGGUCUGGUAAUUCAAAAAGGGUACAUUUUUCUACGUUGCAUGUAUAUUUUGAAGACAAGUAAAUUAUUAAGAGAAGAAUAGAGGGGAAAAAGUGCAUAGUUCUCAAUCAGCUUCUCAGUCAGCCAUCAGUCAGAGCAAAGUUUUUCCACAGUCUGAACCAAGAUGUUCCUCUUUCGUCUUGGUGCGGCACAGUGGUCAGCACCAUGCUGGGUGUGCACUCUUUUUCCUCUAUUUUACUCAAAUGUCACAUUCUUUCUCUCUAGACACAUAAUAUUUUUUCAUUGUCUCUUUCAACACACAUUUUGAACAUUUUGAACACCUGUGACCUCGGGUGGUUUCUGGGUGCUCUGUUACGCUGUCAGCUGUUUCACACGUCUUCAUGAAUCCAUAGUUCUGACCAUAUCUGGCAGUUUUUACUUGCUUCACAAGCUGGGACUGAACAUUGGUUUUUGCUUGCAUCACAGUAAAAAAAAAAAG